GGGCUCAAACUUACAACCCCAAGAUCAAGAGUCACAUGCACCAGCGACUCGGCCAGACACAUGCCCCAUUUAUUCAUUCAUUAGCUGUGUAGACCUUGGACAACUUCUUAAUCUAUUUUUUUUUUCCCCUCUGUAAAGUGAGAGAGAAGAGAGAUAUAAGGGAGGAGGUCCUCCCUCCUUGCAGGGGCCAUUUGUGUGUGGUGGUAGGGCAUGAUGACAAAGCUGGUGGUGCUCCCUAUGCCCCAGUACAGGGGACAGCAGCCACUUCCUCUUCAAUAGGAGGCCAAGGUAGCCUUGAAGCUGAAUUGGAGUCCCUGGGAAAAAAGAGAAAAACCUACAAUGGAGGAGAUGCUUGCAAGCAUUCGGGAUAUCUCAAAUGUGGUGAGAGUGGAAAGAGCCAGAAUUUUGCAAGAAGAGAGAAACUUGGCAGAAAAAUCCAAAAAGAAGCAGACACGUGGAGGCACAAGUUCCCUAUUCUGGGUUCAGCUCAGCCAGCAACUCUUCUCUUCCCAGCCCUCCCCACCCACACGCACACCUGACAUCCACUCCACUGCCCUUCCUGAGCCUAAUCCACAGAGACUCAGCUACUCCAGGCUUUGUCCAUCUUGAUGGCGCCUUGGUUGCAGCCUCAGUCCCCUCCCCCGGUGACAUGCACAUGUUGAUACAUGCUACAGAGUGACACACCAUAGGGUGACACAAGGUAUACACGGCGAGAGUGACACAUAUAUGCAUAGUUAAUCUCCCCACGCACACACACUCAUCCACCCAUCCACCCACCUCCACAAACAGUCCCAGACACUCCAUCCCUCAGUCAGUCUUUGGGUCUUUCCUGACAGUGGCCGCCACCUCCUUCCCGACAAAUAGAUGAUGCACUGCCCCAGGUGGUGGCUGUGACAAGAUGACUCGACUGAUCCCUCCUGACGUGAGCUACAUGCCAAGAUUCUUUGGAAAGUUCCCUAACGUCCCUCCUCAAAACAUGGAGUUUCUCUCCAUGAGGACACACACGAGUGUGCACCCUCAGAACACACUCACACAUUCUCAUAUGCAUUCACCCUUGCAUUGUCCCACUUAGACACACACACACACACACACACACACACACCCCAUAGUCACUUGUGCACUCCUACCAGCCCACAAACACAAACUGCCGCGGUCCCCGGUUUUCUCUCUGGUGAACUUACCCCACAAACCCACCCUCAGGAUUUCCCUGACCACGACCCCAUUCCCAGUCUCCCCGUUAUCCUUCCCUGUCCAGCCGUCGGGGGUUCCAAAGCAGGAGGCGUCUCCCCGGAGUCGCUGCCCAGAAUCACAGCUUUCCUUCCUCUACUCAGGAGUGGGGAGAGAGAGGACGCCAGACGGGCCCAGGGUGACGUCGAGGGGACAGCCCCACAGCCGGUGGUGGCGAAGCGGCUGGGCUCCCGGCAGACUCUCCCCUUAGCACAUUGUCGCCGCGCCCCCUGGCGGACGCUGGUCCCCGACGGGCUCCGGACGCGAAGAGGAGUGAGGCGGGCGCGCGUGGGAGGGCGUCCCAAGGGGAGGGGUCGGCGGCCAGUGCAGGCCCGGAGGCGGGAGCCACCGGGCAGGGGGCGGGGGUGAGCCCCGACGGCCAGCCCGUCAGCUCUCGCCUCAGACGGGCGGGAGCCACGGCCCCGCUCGCUGCCCAUUGUCUGCGCCCCUGACCGGUGCGCCCUGGUGCCACGGUGCGGCCCGGCGGGCAGCCUCCUAUCGUCACUUCAGCCAGCGCCGCAACUAUAAGAGGCGGUGCCGCCCGCCGUGGCUGCCUCAGCCCACCAGCUGGGACCGCGAGCCAUGCUGCCCGCCGCCCGCCCCCAGGGCUGUUAGAGCCAGACUGCGAAUUCUCGCCACCGCCGCCACCGCCGCGACCCGUCCCACCGUCGCGGGCAGCAGCCAAAGCCGCCCCAACUUCAGCACAGAGCAGGCGAGGCCGGGCAGGCCAUGGGGCACUGGGCGCUGCUGCCCGGCUGGGUUUCUGCUACGCUGUGGCUGGCGCUGGCCGCUCUGCCCGCAGCCCUGGCCGCCAACAGCAGUGGCCGAUGGUGGGGCAUCGUGAACGUAGCCUCCUCCACGAACCUGCUGACCGACUCCAAGAGUCUACAACUGGUGCUCGAGCCCAGUCUUCAGCUGCUGAGCCGCAAACAGAGGAGGCUGAUCCGCCAGAACCCGGGGAUCCUGCACAGCGUGAGCGGGGGGCUGCAGAGCGCUGUGCGAGAGUGCAAGUGGCAGUUCCGCAACCGCCGCUGGAACUGCCCCACGGCUACGGGGCCCCACCUCUUCGGCAAGAUCGUCAACCGAGGCUGUCGGGAAACGGCGUUUAUUUUCGCUAUCACCUCCGCCGGGGUUACCCAUUCGGUGGCGCGCUCCUGCUCAGAGGGCUCCAUCGAGUCUUGCACGUGCGACUAUCGGCGGCGCGGCCCUGGGGGUCCCGAUUGGCACUGGGGGGGCUGCAGCGACAACAUCGACUUCGGCCGCCUCUUCGGCAGGGAGUUUGUGGACUCCGGGGAGAAGGGGCGGGACCUGCGUUUCCUCAUGAACCUUCACAACAACGAGGCUGGCCGCACGACUGUGUUCUCUGAGAUGCGCCAGGAGUGCAAGUGCCACGGGAUGUCGGGCUCGUGCACGGUGCGCACGUGCUGGAUGCGGCUGCCCACGCUGCGCGCCGUGGGCGACGUGCUGCGCGACCGAUUCGAUGGCGCCUCGCGCGUCCUCUAUGGCAACCGCGGCAGCAACCGCGCCUCGAGGGCGGAACUGCUGCGCCUGGAGCCCGAGGACCCGGCGCACAAGCCGCCCUCCCCCCACGACCUCGUCUACUUCGAGAAAUCGCCCAAUUUCUGCACGUACAGCGGACGCCUGGGAACGGCUGGCACGGCCGGGCGCGCCUGCAACAGCUCCUCGCCCGCGCUGGACGGCUGCGAGCUGCUCUGCUGUGGCCGGGGCCACCGUACGCGCACACAGCGCGUCACCGAGCGCUGCAACUGCACCUUCCACUGGUGCUGCCACGUCAGCUGCCGCAACUGCACGCACACGCGCGUACUGCACGAGUGUCUGUGAGAUGCUUCGCGGACUCGCCCCAGGAGCGUUCCCCUCUAGCCCACCCGGAUACGUGCCCACCCAGUCCCUCCAGCCACAACCCCCGCGAUUCAUACGUGCGCGAUCAUUUCUCCCACCUCCUCCUACCGGGGGACUCCUGAAACCACUUGCCUGGGCCGGCAUGAACCCUCUUGCCAUCCUGAUGGACCUGCCCCGGACCUACCUCCCUCCCUCUCCCGGGAGACCCCUUGUUGCACUGCCCCCUGCUUGGCCAGGAGGUGAGAGAAGGAUUGUUCCCUUCCCCGUGGGGGUCAGCUUCUGACCGUGUGGCUCUGCUUCCUCCACCGCGCCAGUGACACCCCCCCCCCCGCCUCUCUCCCUCCCCUUUAUCCUCCGUUUUUUCUCCAGAUCUUCUCACGCCCUUCCCAUUCUCCUGCCAAGGGUGCAGACUCUGAACACACACCUGGACAGCAGGGCCUUUCUCCUCCCCACCUACAACGGAACCGGGAGGUUCUAGGGUGAAAGGGCAGCUGUGGUGAUGUGGAAAAGGAGGUCGGGGGACCCAGCAGAAAUACCCCCAUUCUCCCAGCCUCUGUCAUGGAGCCAUUGAACAGCUGUGAGCCAUGCCUCCCUCACCCACCUCCUACCCCUUCCUGUCCUGCCUCCUCAUCAGUGUGUAAAUAAUUUGCACUGAAUCGUGGAUACAAAGCCACGAGUUUGGUUGUUGUAAAUAAAACUAUUUAUUGUGCUGGGUUCCGGCCUGGCUUGCAGAGACCCCUUCCACCCCACCCCAGUCCCUCUCCCUUCUCCUCUCCUUCUGCUCUGCAGCCUCUUCUGAUCCCUCUCUUCCUCUCCCCAAUUUCUCAAAGAUGCCGUUGCCUACCGGAAUCAGCAUUUCCUUCCAUUGUAGCUAUUAGUGGCUCCCCACCCCCACCGAUGUAGUAUCUUCCUCCGCAGAAUAAAAUUUCUAUUUUUAUCAGUGA